AUGGACCCCAACGGCUCCUGCACCACUGGCGGCUCCUGCGCCUGUGCUGGCUCCUGCAAAUGCAAAGAGUGCAGAUGCACCUCCUGCAAGAAGAUCUGCUCCUGCUGCCCUGUGGGCUGUGCCAAGUGUGCCCAGGGCUGCAUCUGCAAAGGGGCAACAGAGAAGUGCAGCUGCUGUGCCUGAUGUGGGGACAGCCCUG